AUGGAAGUAAUGUUGGAAAAUUACAGUCUUAAUCAAGAGACAUUCGUCGAGAUUCCAUUCACAUUGAAUCGAACAAUUUCAAUUGGAGAUAAUCUUUUGUUUACAUUCGGUUCUCAGCUUUAAUUUUCACAAUAACUAAUCCAGUGUCAACUAUUGUCCAGAUAUGGCAUUCAAACAGAUUAAGUUCUUGUUGAAAAUGAAAAAGGAGAAAUAAAGUGGGGUUUAGAUUUUUCAUAAAAGGGGGGAACCUGUAUACCCUACAUUUUGAAAUAUCUAAGAUGUCUGCGUUUCGAUUAUUGA